AUGGAGUGGAUCUCUGAAAGGGUGCCCGGUGUCGAGAGGGAGGACGGUGACGGUCAAACCUGGCUCCAAUGGUCCGACUUCACCCCCCUCCUGAUCAGACACCCCGUCCCCGCCGGCGAACCGCUCCUCACGAUCGUGAACGGCGGCGCCAUUCCAAAGCGGUACGGCAUGCCCGGAAGCCUCUCCACGGCGGCGAUCGAGGCGCAGCUCAAGGCGGCCUUCAACGCAGAGUGCGACGCGCGUGAUGCCGCUGUUGCCGGCGACGAGAAGUACCUCGACACCUGGGACCCCGCGACGCGCGCCAAGGAGGACCAUGUUCGCGCGAUGACGAUGGAUGAGUGGCUUGCCGAGCACAAUGGCGACGCGUUCGACGAGGGCGAGCUCGCUGGCGUCCGAAUGGUCUACCAUACCGUCAAGAUCGGUCACGGGCUGCUCGCCGCGCCCCCUCUCUCCACCAACACGGACGCGGCAUGCUACGUCCACAUAUUGGAUAUCGGCCCGACGCACUGGAUCGACUGCGAGUACCUCCUCAAGCGCCAGCCGUCGUAUCCGCCCCCUCUUCCCAGCCUGCGCACAGUCCGCAUGGACUCCGGCUUCUGCCAUUCUUUCCAGAAGGGCGCCGACCGCCGCAAUCACGCCAUUGUUGAUUCCCUUCGUCCUCGCACCCUCGUUCUCCGUGGUUGCAUGGAGGGCGAGCACACUUUCUACUCCAUCACUGCCCACGAGGACCUCGUCUUCCCUCCAGUGCUCGAGGCUGUCGACGAAGUCAUCUGUGUCUUCGACACGGGGACCCAACCCUCAAAGUGGCUCAAUUCGGUGAGGACGAACAAAUUCAGAUUUAGCCGCCCCGUGAAGUUCACGUUUGUCUUCUGGACCAAGCACCGCGGCGACCUAUGGAUACCGGCCCACGGCGACUUGGCUGGGAAGUACGGGCUUGCGAUUCGUCUCGCUUUCGCCGUCCUGCUCAUCAACCAACCGAUCCCGGAAGGUGGAGGACCGCUGUUCACAAUUGUGAACGCUGGUGCCAUACCUAGCUGUUUUGCCAUUCCCGAUGGCACCACCACUCUCGCCUCCGACGAGCUCACAGUCGAGGAACGAGCCGUCAAGUUCCAGGCCCAUUUAACCGCCGAGCUCAACAGCGUAUGCGAUGGACGUGAUGAGGGACACAGCUUCCGGGGGUACGGCGGACGGAGCAAGUGGGAUCCUGCAACCAGGAAGAAACAGCACAGCAUGAGGUUCCUGUCCAUGGACGACUUCCUGGCCCAAGAUGACGGUAACACGUUCGACCCAGACGAGCUCAGUGGAUGGACGAGUUAG